AUGGACAUCGUACCUUUCGUUGCAGCGGCGGGCGACAGUGACGGUCAGAGAACAGAAGCAGCGGCUAACCGGUAUGUCCCUCAGCUUCUGCAGGAAAACAACCAGGUGAAUAUCUGCGUGAGCGAUCCUCGCAUCCAGCAAGCACUGGAACUAAGAGCUGAGAGACGGCAUCAAUUCGUCCUCGACAACAUCUACGCAGAGGCGCAUUCGUAUAUUGCUCACUUGGAAGCCACCACUGAUGCAAAUCACCGCCAGCAACUUGCUUUCGUCAGGGAGUCGACAAUGGUCCUGGUAGGACAACUCCACAACGAAACAAGAGUGCUAGAGCAAAUCGCCCACAACGAGCAGCGAUCAGCACGAGAGUAUCAGGCACAGCUGACACGCACACAACAGGAGUGUCAUGAUGAAAGGUCGUUGGCUAUGCAGUUUGAUGCACAUCGAUCCGAGCUGGAAGCAGCAGCACGUGAGCAGCAGUAUGAUAGCUUGGUUGACGAUCUCCAGGAUCGCAACGCGGAGCUCAUAGGGGCAGAACUCCUCCUAGGACUCCUUCUAGGAAAGGUGGAGGCAAAGGUGGCAAAGGGAGACAAGGCUGACAAGGGUGGUAGAAGAUCGCCAUCCGGCAAGCACAGGCGCCCCAGUAAGAAAAGUGCUAAGAGUGAGGACAAAACGGCAGCAUGUUGCCUUUCACUCGCAGCCACCCUCACGGUUGAGCCCUCUUCUAAUGCUGGGAAAUCCUUCGCACUAGCGGCCCCCAAGGGCCCCACCAUGAAGCCGAAGGCCAAAAAGGUCCAGUUCCUGAGGCCAGAGAUCAUCGACAUUCCGCUUGAAGGUGAAGGUUGGAGGUUCGUCACGGAGAAGCGCAAGUAUGAUUUCAGAUUCAAACCGGCGGACCAGUGCCCACCAUCAGACCCGGAGGACACGGAAGAGGCCUUGCAGAAUGCCCGUCACUUGGAAUCGGCAGUGAACGGGAUGAGGCUUAAGGUCCGGGUCAAGUGCAAUGUUCCGGUGUUCGGCGACCGAGGACCAUUGGUGGCAUGCACAGCAACAAAGUCCUCAGAUUCGGAUGGCAGCAAGGGCACGCCGCACCAGCGAGGGGAGAACAUGAAGAUCAACCUGAAGGCCCAGCUGGAUGACGUGUGGUCCUUGUUGGAGGAUUCAGUCAACAUUGACGAAUUGGACGGUAUCUAUGGGGAAGUACCUGAAGGGACUAUUGCGACUAUCACCUUGUUUGCUUUGCCCGAAGGGGAAGUUGAGGCGCAAGCCGACAGCGAUGUCGAGCCAUAUGCGCAGAGCCAACGUUGGACAAACCACCGAACCUUGAUUCACAACAUCACAACGUCCGUGAUGAGCAAAACCCACAUCCUCCUCUGGGGGAAGGGGGGGUACAACGAAGACGAAAUUCAGGAACAACUUAGCCAAGACCUGGAUGAAAUGUUCCCAGAGCUAUUUGGUCCUGAUCGUGACAAAGAUCCUCCGCCGAAGGACGCCAAAGCCACCCGCAAGGGUGAGCCGGAGUCUGAUUCCCGAGCGGCAUUGCUUGAUGAUGUUCCGUUUUCUGUGAAGCAAAAGCUGACGCCCAGUGCAGCAGUAGCAGCGCAACAGCCACCGUAUGGUUAUGUUUGGAGUGGUGAAUGUUUGGUCAAGAAGAACAACAAGAACCGCCCCAAUGCUAUCGAUCAUACAGCAUGGAAGGCUAUGUCGAAAAGACAAAGGGCAACAGCCAUUGCAGAGCAUGAAAAGAAGUGA